GCGUGUGUCUUGCUGGGACACAGUGGAGGUCUACCCUGUGGUUUGCGGAGUGGUCGGGUGUAUUCUCCGCUCGCCCCCACGCCCUCGAGGCCCCCGCCGCCCGACCCAACGGCGGAGCCAGCCCGUGGCUUCCGUGGCGCCCUCCCGCACCGGAUCGCUCCUUGCUGGGGCGGGACCUGGCCCGACGGCUCCGGUCACUAUGAGUGAAACAUCUUUCAACCUAAUAUCAGAAAAAUGUGACAUUCUAUCAAUUCUUCGGGAUCAUCCUGAAAACAGGAUUUACCAGAGGAAAAUCCAGGAACUCAGCAAAAGGUUCACCGCGAUCCGCAAGACCAAGGGGGAUGGGAACUGCUUCUACCGGGCCUUGGGCUAUUCCUACCUGGAGUCCCUGCUGGGGAAGAGCAGGGAGGUCCUCAAGUUUAAAGAACGUGUCCUGCAGACCCCAAAUGACCUUCUGGCUGCUGGGUUUGAGGAGCACAAGUUCCGAAACUUCUUUAAUGCUUUUUACAGUGUGGUCGAGCUGGUAGAGAAGGAUGGCUCAGUGUCCAGCCUGCUGAAGGUGUUCAACGACCAGAGCGCCUCGGACCAAAUUGUGCAGUUUCUGCGUCUGCUCACCUCCGCCUUCAUCAAGAACCGCGCAGAAUUCUUCCGACACUUCAUUGAUGAGGAGAUGGACAUCAAGGAUUUCUGUACUCAUGAAGUGGAGCCCAUGGCCAUGGAGUGUGACCACAUCCAGAUCACAGCCCUGUCUCAGGCACUGAACAUCGCCCUGCAGGUGGAGUAUGUGGAUGAGAUGGACACGGCCCUGAACCACCACGUGUUCCCCGAGGCUGCCACCCCUUCCGUUUACCUGCUCUAUAAAACAUCCCACUACAACAUCCUUUAUGCAGCCGAUAAACGUUGAUUACUUUUAGGCCAUGCAGUGGAGCCUGUCACCUAACGGGACUGCAUUCUCAAUGGAACAUUCCGACUUUUCAAUUUUUUAAACAACUUAAAACUAUAGUUAGAAAAUGUACAGCCUUUUGGGCAAAGUCACUGGGAAUGAGGACUACCCAUCAUGGACUGGUAUAACUUAGUGGUACUGUUAAUAUUUAUUUUCAUGGAGGAUCAAAUGCUUUCUAACUCAGGGCUACAAAGCCAGAACCUCUGGCUCUGCUCCCAGUUCCCUGAGACCCUGGGCAGGUCACCUCCCCUCUCUGGACCCAUUUCUUCAUCUGGACAAGGUUCUUGCCAGUACUGACAUUCUGUUGUAUAAAAAACAGGGCCCUCUGGUUUCCUUUCUGUGCCUCUCUAAUGGGGAGGAAAAGCUCAAGGUUAGCUGUCUUCAGUGACUUUCCAGUUCUACAGAGAAGAAUCUAGUCCAAUCAGCUGUUAGACUGGACUUUGGUGGAUGGCUGACUGAAGUGUUGGCUAGUUGGCCAAUGUGAGGGCUUCAGCAUGGUUCCAAACAUUCACCAGGGGAGUGUUUUCUUACCCUAACCUAAGGAGAAAAGGACUUUUAUGCCAAAGUUUAAAAAGGGGCCUUCAGCAUGAAGCUCAAGUUGUUGUGGCCUCCCCUCCUCUCUACCUCUCCGGGCCAGACCUGCUUGCUUCUGGGCAGGCCCAUCAGGAUUCUGCAGCUUAGCCUCACCUAACAGGCUCAAGGAAGGCUGGGGUCUGGGACCAGGAAGCUGUCUCGCCAUCCCCAACAGCCUGGAAGUAGAAUCUAGGUAAUCUGCCAGGUGGAGACAGCAGUACAUGCAGCCACAGACUCCAGCUGGGCAGGGCAGACAUGUUUUGCAAGGUUGUCUGCAGCUUCUUUCCAUUUUCCCCCUUCUGCUGGGUGUUGUGGACUGACAGGAAGUUAGGGGGGAAAGAACAGACAAGCUGAGGUAACUGGCAAGGAGGGACAUUUGCUGUGAAAACUGCCUAGAAGCCAAGAGCCCAGGCUGGCAGCCUCCUUCGUUUGUCCCCCUAGACCUUCCCCUUAGUAACAAGCCUUGUCACCUUGCUGCCCCAAGGACCUUGAAGAGCCCAGCUGAUCUGGGGUACUGCUAGCAAGCGUUCUUCCUCUGUGGGAGGAAAUGGAGACCGUCCAAGUGUGGAACUGCCCAUGGGGUACUCCCCUAACCCAAGGUGUUUUCUCGCAGGUUCUCUUCUGCAGGGAUUUCUGAGAAUCCACACUGCAUGUCUGCUGGCAGCCAGACCAUACACAAUGACUGGGUAGCAGACUGCUGAGGCCUUGUAUACAAAUGGAAGAUUUGUAUCAUUCUUCUACCUUUGUGAAAACAGAUGUUAGGGUGCUUAAUGCCAGGCAGGGACCCAGGUUCCCCUACUGCAUUAGCUGGAGCUUAAACCCAAGGGUUCACACUAAGUGAUCAUGUCACUUUUCCACAGGAAUGUAAACCUGACCUUGAUCUCUGAAUUGGUGAUAUCCCACCCUGCUCUGGGUAGGAAUGCUAGAUCUGCGACAAACACACUGGAAGACUGGGGGAAAUGUUAUGUGACUUGUGACUAUCAGGAUUCCCAAUUUUCAAACCAAAGGGUAUGAACACGGCACAUGCCCGUGGCUGCUCUUGAGGGUCUGUGGGACGGUCCAUGCCUCCACCUGGGCUCUCACACCUGGCAUAAGCAGCAGUGGCCACUUCUUGGCAUGUUCACAAAAGUAGAGAUUUCUCUUUGGCAAACUGGCUGGAGAAAUUCCCUCUCAGGCUUCCUAUGUCAUGCUUCUAGGUCUAAGCCCACCAGUGCUCCCAUGGAACCCUCUUCCAGAAGAGUUCCUAUCAGUUUCAAAUCAGAAUGCCACAGGCAAAUUAUUCUCAAGUUCUUACAAUGUGCUUCCCCCUUUUCCCACAAAACCACUGGUCCAAUCCAAGCCAUGGCUCUCUGCUCUCACAUCCAACCUCAGAUGGUCUGAGGCAAGCACCGAUGCUGAAAAGGGAGUGACAGAAUUCAGGAACUUGUUCAAAUCUAGCCAUCUGGGGAGGUUACUUUGCUGGUCUACAGCAGCCAGUUCUGCUGGCAUUCAAACCUCCUGGACAGGUCUGCACCCACCUCACCAACCCCUCUCUGUCCAGACCGAAAGGAGGCGGGAGAGUUGCUUUGAGAGUCUGUAUAACUGCACAUUUAUUACUUUCUUUCCAAAGGGAACUUUAUAAAUGGGAACGUUUAGCAACAAAAAGAACAAACUGUCCUUGCUUUUGACUGGGUUCCUAUUAUAAGCACAGAGGGCUUCUGGAGCCAGACCCGCCUGGGUUUGAAUCUCCCCUUUCCACAAGCUCUCGGCCAAGAACUUCAUCUCUUGAGCCCUAAUUCCCACGUCAGUGAAACGGAGACAGCACCUACGCAGCACAGGAUCACUGCUUAAAGUGUAACAAGAUUAUGUGCGAGACCAGACACCCAGUGCUCUACAAGCCGGGAAGCAGAACACUUGCUGCAAUGCGGGCAGGUACUUCCUUGGCAGGGAAACUCUGGCUUCCCCAACAGGGAAGUGUCAGGACCCAUGAGACAAGUGUAAGAACUGUUCUCAUACUGCGCAAAAUGGGGGCAGCAGCUGUGGCUCAGUGAGCAGCUGGUGGGGGGAGGGGGAGUGGGAUGGGCAGGCCCUACAGCUUCUCCUGGCAGUUGGUGGAAACAUUUUCCUGCAUUAAAAUGGUUUCCAUGACAA